GUUGAAAGAUGACUAUCAAUUAGAAAAAUUAUUAAUUUCAGAGGAUCAAAGCAAUAAACUUGGUGAGGAAAUUUUUGCUAAAGCAAAAGCUUCACUGAAAGACUAUUUAUUUGAAAUUGGUACUUCAACAUUUACAAAUCAAAUGAAUCUGAAAUUUGAAAAUACAUUUCAUAGUUUAUCAACACGUGAUGAAAAAGAACUUGACGUUGAUAAAGUAUUCAAAGAAUUAAUCAAACAUAUAGUGAUAAAACUAGGUUGUCAAGUGCCAGCACCAAAUGUAGUUAUUUUAGAGCCAGAAAAUAAUCCAUGUUCGGAUAAAGCAGUAUAUAAGGCUUGUGAGAUGUUUUUUGAUAAUGUUGGAAAGAAAACUAAUAGGCAUGGCAAAAUUGAUAUA